ACCACCGUCGUCGCUCGUCGCCCGCCAUCAUGCCUCAACCACCACCUAAAUACAGAUUGCUCGCUCCUCCGACCCGUUUUCCAAGACACGACUCACCCAUGACCUCACAAGCCCAUUCCAGCAAUCAAUCUCCAACCCAGUCGCAUUCUCAACGGCCGAUCCACGGCUGAGCGACGAGCGCCUGCCCACUGCAUGCUUUCCUUCACAACGUCGCUAUCUCAAGUCUGUGACUCUGAUCUCGAUAAUUUCGAAUGUAUAAUCAUCUGCAACGAGUCCGUCGCCCCUUCAAUAUUCCUGUCUCUCUCCAACAGUGCAGGUGUGACCAUUGCACUCUCCUCUCCUCUGGUCCUUCAGUCCAACUCCCCAGUCGCGUUUUCGUGUCUCUGAACGCGAAUCAUCCCUUCGCAUCACCUCAACAUUUCUUGAAAUGGAUCUGGGUGGGGAGGAAAAUGUUACAACGCGACUCUGACAGGGGGCUUGGCAUCUGCACUCGCCAUUCCUGUCAACCAGGAAGGGCAUGGCGGCUGCCAAGCAUCCCAGAAGCCGUUCAGAUGAAUCGGGAGGCUACCAGAAUUGUAUCUUUGACACCAAAAUCGCGAGAUUUCUCAGAACUGGUUCCACAAAAGGUCACUGUCUUCAGUCGCGCUUCACGCGAAACCAAUCCAGCCAGCGGGCCCAAUCCGAAUCUGUACCGCUGGUCCCGUCUGCAAGGCGCAUUCUCAACGUGGGAAUAAUCUUGAUGGCUGUCAGGAUGGCGAGGAAGACCGCACCUCGGCGUGUCUCAUCGCUAUUCGCCCCUUAUAAAGGUACUAUUCGUGAUGCC